UGCUGCAAUAGCUGCUUAAGUUAAACAAACCUCAAAGGUCUUUACAUGUUAGACGGAACAAGAGCAACAUUAUGGCUAAAGAAAAGAUGUUUUUGUUGAUUCUUCUGUGCUAUGGCUCAUUCGCAGUGAAACACUCGCUGAACUAUUUUAUCACUGGAUCCUCUGGAGUUCUGAACAUCCCAGAAUUCGUUGGUGUGCUGAUGGUUGAUGGCGUUCAGAUGGGUUACUGUGACGUGAGCAAGAAGAUAUUGGAACCAAGACAGGAGUGGGCGAAGAACAUUUUAAAAAAACACCCUGAGCAACUGGACUGGUACAAGCACAAGUGUUUUGAGGAUCAGCCAAACUUCUUCAGAGAGCUGAUUUCUAGUUUGAAACAGCAGUUCAAUCAAAGUGAAGGUGUCCACAUUUUACAGAGGAUAGAUGGCUGUGAAUUGGAUGAAACCACUGGGGAGGUUAUUGGUAUGACACAGUAUCAUUAUAACGGAGAAGACUUCCUUAAAUUUGAUCUGGAGAAAGGGAAAUGGAUCGCACUGAAACCAGAGGCUGAUGUUACCAAACUGAAAUGGGAUACUGACCAACCUGGAAUAAAACACAAAGAAAAUGACCUCACCAAGAUUUGUCCAGAGUAUCUGAAGCUGUAUGUGGAGUAUGAGAAAAGCUUCCCACAGACAAAAGUUCUUCCGUCAGUGUCUCUUAUCCAGAAGAAUCCCUCCUCUCCAGUCAGCUGCCAUGCUACAGGUUUCUAUCCUGACAGAGCUGAGAUGUUCUGGAAGAAAGAUGGAGAUAAGCUUCAUGAAGGUGUAGCGAUAGGAGAGAUCCUCCCCAACAAUGAUGGGACCUUCCAGCUGAGUAUUUGCCUGAAUAUUUCAUCACUCACACCCGAAGACUGGAGAAGAUACGAGUGUGUGUUUCAGCUCUCUGAUGUUGAGAACAGCACCACACUGAAUAAAACAGAGAUCAGAACCAACUGGGGUAAAACCACAAAUGGUAACGAUGAAUCUAAAAGAAAAUCAGGAGAGUCGCACUUUGACACGCCCAUCCCCAUCAUUGUUGCAGUGGGUGCUGUGGUCAUGCUAAUUGCUGCUGUUGGAUUAGUUGUUUACAAAAAGAAAGUAGCAGCCAGGCCAGAGAGAGGAAUCUGCUGCUGGAGAAGAGCACCGGAGCCAGAGCAGUGUGCACUGGAAAGUGCCACGAGUUACAAACUUUGUUUGAUUGUGCCAAAAUAAAAGUCACAUAACACAGUCACAGUCAGGUCCUUUUGGGAUUAGAGGUCUUCUCAUUAUUUAGAAUUUUCAGCUUGUAAACAGAGAUGACUGAAGCUGCCAAACUCUGGAACAGUCUUACUGAGGUCAGAGUGUCUCCAUCAUUAGUGUUUCAUAUAUCUUUUAUAAGACUUUUUUUUUUCAUUUGUUAUGGUUUUGUGUCAUUGAUUUGUUGUAAUUUGUUGCUCUGUGAAGCACUUUGCAAGUAAGAGCUGGGUGAAUUACAUUAUGAGGAAAAUUGAAGAAAAUAUUUGUAUAUUUCAUAUUCUAAACUUUAGCUCGUAUUAAGAAAAUUAAGCUAAAGAAGGCAUAAAUACACAUUUUUUGAAUUGUGUUCACCUUUAUGAAAAAAGACUGAAAUGUUUUUAUUGUUUAUUGAUGCCUUUAAUGCUAUUUGAGCUAAAGGAUCUGCUGAUAUAUGCACACUGAUCAAACCUGCUGUUUUUGUUUUUUUAUCAGGUUGACUUUUUUGAUGAUAAAAAGAAUAUUUAACAGC